AUGAUUCAAAUUAAUUAUAAUAAUUGCGAUUAUGUCCUACAUGGAGAAUGUGCAUAUCCAGAACCUUGCGCAAUUCAUCAGUUUUUUGAGAAAAACUAUUUCGAGUUUCACAAGAAACCGCCAGGAGAUAAAGAAAGAUAUUGUGAUGCUUGUGGAAAAGAUAUAUUAGGGUUUGUCUACCAUUGUUCUACGACAGGAUAUGAUCUUCAUCCUUGCUGUUUGAAGCUGAAAAAUAGUAUUAGUGAUGAAAGUGGAAGCGUGAGAUUGGAAUUGUCUAAGAAAGUUCGUUCAAAGUGUGUGAAAUGUAAGCAUGUGAGUGUUGUGGGAAAAGUGAAAGGGUGGUGUUAUUAUGACAGAAAUAGUUGUUAUCACGUGUCAUGUUUUAAGGAUUUGAUAGUUGAGAAUUGGAGGAGGGGUUAUUUUUCACAAGUAGAAAGAUCAAUUGCAACUACAAGUUCAAGUAGUUCUACGAGUAGUGAUAGGGAUACUCAACUUGCACUCACGAGCAUGGAGAUGGAUCGAAGUUUGAGAAUCUCAAGGAGAGCAAGGACUAUAAGCAAGUACACAAAGAUAGCAAUUGUGGUAUUUAAGCUAAUAUUUUCAGUUAUUUUUGGAAGUCCUAUAUCUGCUAUUGCUGCUAUUUUGGAAGCUCUUGCUUCAGAUUAG